GAUCUCAUCAAAGGAAGCAAAAAAGAAAAGUUUUUGUUUGUAGAGAGAGCAGCCUUUUUGCUUUCUUCCUUUUGUCCUUAAGCCUGUUCUAAAGCAAAGGAAAGAAUCCAAGGGAAGUUUCUUACAAAGUCUUCCAUUUCAUCAAAAUCUAUUGAAUAUAAAUUAACUCAUAAUUAUCCCACUUUCUUUCCUCAGAAAAGGUUCAAAGUUUCUGUUUUUCACUUUCUUCCUCUAAAUUAAAGUUGUGUUUCUUAGAUAUAUAUUUGCAUAAAGAGAGAAAAGAAAAAUGGGUUUAGGAGGAACUUUGGAGUAUAUUUCUGAUAUCAUGAGCAGUGAUAAGCCCAAAAAGAAGAAGAAGCAGUUUAAUACAGUGGAGCUCAAAGUCAGAAUGGAUUGUGAUGGCUGUGAACUUAAAGUCAAGAAAGCUCUUUCUUCCUUGAGUGGAGUGAAGUCUGUGGAGAUAAACAGGAAACAACAGAAGGUGACAGUAACAGGGUAUGUGGAAGCAAACAAGGUGUUAAAGAAGGCAAAGUCAACAGGGAAGAAGGCAGAGAUAUGGCCUUAUGUCCCUUACAAUUUGGUGUCUCAGCCCUAUGCUGCAGCAGCUUAUGACAAGAAAGCACCACCUGGUUAUGUCAGAAGAGUUGAUCACAACAACCCAACUACUGGAACAGUUGCAAGAUAUGAGGACCCUGCCUAUAUCAACAUGUUCAGUGAUGACAACCCUAAUGCUUGUUCUAUCAUGUAAAUAACUCCGCUUUAAUUCCAAACAAGUUCAAGUCAGCUAUUAUCACACACAAGUUUUAGAGCACUGCAAGUUUGUUUGCAGGGUUUUGGGAUUGGAUCGAAAGGUUAAUUGCUGUAAUUGUAAGUUUUGCAUGGGUACUGUUAAUUAAUGGAUCUAUCAUAGAUAGCUUUCUACUUUCACAAGAUUGGAGUAAGGGUGUCUGACGCUACCUUUUACAUAACCACUUGUGGGAUGUCACUAGAUUUUUUUUUGUUAUUGUUGUUGCAUGGGUGUUAAUGAGUAGGGUUGGGUUUUUUGGUACAGUCUGGAGUACUGAAUGAGCAGUCAGGCAAAUACUUAGUAGGAAUUUAGAAUUGGGGUGGUUGUAAUAAACCUACAACUUGUAGUAAUAGAAGAAUACUACAUUGUCA